GCACUUCAGGGUCAGAGGUCAACUGAGUGCUCACAAGGUCAUAAAGGUCAACCACAUGGUCAGAACUUGAUGCCAGAAUGUCUGAAACUCUGAGACUUUGCAGACUUGUUUUGAGGGAGCUGCAGAAGAUAGACUCUCAAGCGCGUACUGGACAGUUCUGGAGCUACGUGAGAGCUGAAGUCACUAAAAGCACAGCAGAUGAUGUCACUCCUAAACAGAGAUUGCUAAAGACGUGUGUUUCCUACCUGGAGAGCUCAAGACAACAUAGGGAGAUAGUGUUCCAGUACCAAGGUCGUGGUGAGAGGUCAGUAAAGGACACUGCUAACCUGGUUGGACUCAAAGUACCACCAAAUACACUCAAAGAGGACUUUCUGAAGAACAGUAGUGGAACAGCCAGAAGCUAGUUUAAUAGUUAUGGAUCUAUGUGUACGUACAAUCGGUUGUUUUGUAUGUUAUUUUUGUAACUUGAAUAUAAUUAUUAUACUGUAUA